AUGAAGUCGUUGAGCCUGUCAUGGGUCGCCUUGGCGUUGGCCAUGGGUGCUUGCUCCAUCUCUUCUACCGUUGCUGCACCUGCCGCUUCUGCGGCUGCGGCACCCGCCGUUACCUACAUUGUUGCUGGCAAGCCUUCAAGACAAUCUCACUUCGCUCUGGCUGCUUUCAUCGAAACUAACAUCAACUCUGGCACUGAUGGAGGUCUCUACGCUGAGAUCAUUCGCAACCGGGCUUUCCAGGACAACGUCAACAACAAGGCCAACGCCAAGAACACUCUCGGGAAGGGCACUCUCCUCCACUGGACUGGUACUAGCCAGUCGACCAAGCUCUCACUUUCUCUUGAAAAUCCGUUCUCGCCUGCCCUCCCUCAGUCUGCCAUUAUCGGUGGAGACAGGAACAAGUCGUGUGGUCUUGCCAAUGGCGGCUACGAAGGUAUCGCUGUCACCACACAGCCACACAAGCUCAGCUUUUACGCUCGCUCACCUGCUGGUCAGCCAGCCACUGUGCAAGUUGAGGUUGGUCUCUAUUCGAGCGACUACUCGACCACCUUUGACAAGCAGACCUUGCCACUCAAGCUCACUGGCGAGUGGCAAAAGUUCGAGACCACCUUGACACCGAAGCAGGCAUCCAGCAACAACAACAAUAUCUUUGCUAUUCAGACACAGGGUGCAUGCCAGGACGGCUUCCAGGUGAACCUGGUCUCUCUCAUGCCUCCUACCUACGAGGGCACCGUAGCCAGGCAAGACCUUGCUCAGGCGCUUGCCGACAUCAAGCCAGUCUAUGUCCGUCUGCCAGGAGGCAACGAUCUUGAAGGAAACACCAUUCCAUCUUGGUUCAACUGGACCAACGCUGUGGGCGACAUCAAGAACCGCCCUGGCCGUGUCCCCACUUGGACUCCGGGCUGGAACACCGAAGGCCUCGGACUGAUGGAGCUCAUGGACCUCACCGAGAAGUGGGGUGCUCGGGCCGUUCUUGGCAUCUACGCCGGCUACUCGCUCGACGGUAAAGCCGUGCCCAAGAACCAGCUUGGACCUUACAUUCAUUCUGCGCUUGAGCAGCUUCACUUCCUUCUUGAUAAGUCCGGCCGAUGGGCUGACCUCCGCAGAUCAUACGGCCGCGCUGAGCCUUACGACUUUGAGCACAUUGAGAUCGGGAAUGAGGACUGGCUAGGUGCCGCCAUCAACACUUACGGUGCCUACCGAUGGGCUGCUUUCCGUGAUGCCAUCGCCAAGGAGUUCCCUCAACUGACCCUCAUUGCCUCGACACUGAAGAAUGGCGUCGAGGGCGCGAAGGCGGUCGACGACCACAUGUACUCUACGCCCGAUCAGAUGUUUGACUUCACCGAGGAUAUGGACGCCACUUCGCGUAGCGUACCUAUCUGGGAGCUCGAGUUUGCCGUCAUCAACUCGGGUCUCACCAACGACCAGGACAUUUACUCGGGUCCAGGUCGAUUGCAGCACCCCACAUUGAUUGGCGCAUUGGCAGAGGCCGCUUUCCUAGCUGCUGCGGAGCGGAACGGUGAUGUGUACUACAGCGCUGCCUACGCACCCAUCUUCCAGAACGAGGGAAAGAAUCUGACGCAGUGGACUCCAGAUCUUCUCAGCUUCAACCCGGGUCAGAUGGUCAAAUCGACUUCGUACUACGUUCAGUACGCAUGGGGUAACUAUCCGAUUAAGCAGAUUCACGACGCCAAGUUGUCCACGCCUACGAAGUCAUCGCACAUCUACCACUCGUUCGGUUCCAACAGCGAGGGUCAGCUUGUUGCCAAGCUGAUCAACGCCAACGCUAAGCCGAGAACCGUCAAGGUCCAGGUUGGAGAUGGCAGCAAGUUGUCAGCUGGUGGAGCCAAGAGCUGGCAGAUCAAGGGGAGCGACGCCCAGGCGGCCAACACCCUUGGCAACCCUUCCCUCGUGGUCCCGCAGGCCAACGCAAACGGUCUUCCUGAAGGAGCACGGCUUGAACAGGACGGCUCAAUGACAGUAACCCUCCCUGCAUACUCUGCCACCGUCCUCACUGUGCCUGUUGCCUAG